UCAUGUUUUGUUUUAUAGAUUUGGGUGAGCGAAGAGUGAAGGUGAAAUUCCUUCUCAGAUUCGAAUGUUGUUCUCCAUGCAGCUUCUUUACUUCUAUAAGCAACCACCAUCACCAUUGUUUCCAUCACUUCCCAGACAAUUAGUACACAGUGAUCAAGCCAUUUUCAAGAACAGCAGGGUCAUCAUCAUAAACCCAUCUUCUUCAUUUUCUUCUUGCUGCAUUGUUCAUGCAGCGAAGGAAGAUUCAGAGCAAUAUGAGAUAGACCCAGAUAAGGCUAGAGAAUCCCUUAAAGAGCUUGACCAACAAAUCCAGUCUCUCUCCAAUGAACAAGUCUCCUCCCCAAAAGUCAGGGUCAAGGUUUCGGAUGUGAAGCUUGCAGAAGACCAAGUCAGUGGCAGUGGCAGUGGCAGUGGCACUGAUAAGAUAGACAUUUCGGAUUCUUUUCUUGCAUCCCUAGCUGGUGGCCUGCUUUUCUUUAGUAUAUUUUACAAUGUUCUAUUUUACACUGUAAUUAAGCCAUCCAUCGAUGGUCCUAGUCCAUAAGGCAUAUCUGCUGCAAAAGAACCUCACUAUAUAUAAAGUGAAACUUUGGACUACAUCAUUUUUAUUGUGAAUUGGAGUAUUAGUAUCUUUGGAGUUUGGAUCAA